CCGACUGAUUGCACUCGCCUUUUAUGUGCUAUAAAUACAACUCACUCGGCGGAUCAUUUACAUCAAACAUCGCAUUAUUCACGAUCAUGAUGAAAGUCUACCUUUCAGUGCUGUUACUGAGUCUUGGUGCGCUGGUUGCGGAAGCGCAACAGAAGUGCACGGGAUCUCCCCGAAUGUACAACGGAAAGCCAUGCGUCUCCACAACACGGUACGCUGACAGCCGCAAGGGGGCGUGCGGCUGCGGGCCCCAUGACAACGACAACCAGUUUCCUUGGAACAGCUACGGGCUCGUGGCGGCAGCCAAUCAGAACCUGUUCGACCCCUCGGGCGGAAAAUGGUGUGGUCCGGUAUGCGGAAAAUGCUUCAAGCUCACCACCACUGGUGGUUUCGUCGGUGGCCACGGCGGCGCUACUGCCGAGGGUCAGUCGAAGAUCUUUAUGGUAACCAACGACUGUCCCAAUGAGUGGCCGAACCUGAGCUGGUGCAAUCAACAAGGACUCCACAGCGUCAAUCAAUACGGCUACAACGUCCACUUUGACCUCGAAAACGGCCACAAUCAGAUCACCGGUAUGGGCUGGGACAACCCGGAAGUGACGUGGGAAUGGGCCAACUGUGAUGAAGGUCACGGCCAAGAUGGGCGCACCCCGAACUACGGCAUGUACAAGCAGUGCCAGUGCAGGCAUACUAAUACGAAGUAACGCUUGUUGACCCGCCUUCGUCUAUGCAAUCAAAAACGAAAACCAGCAAGGAAUCUUUUGAUCAACAUCUGCUUAAGAUUCUAGAACUGUAAUACGACAUUUUAAUUUUCUGUUCUUUUUUAUUAUAUUUUAUAUUGCUAUGGUAUUUCUCAAGAACUCCAAUUUGUCAACCGUCAAUAGACAAUGUCUGAUUGAUAGAAAAUGAGGUGU